UGUCACGUCAGUGCACACAGACCCACUCCAGUGGGAGACAUUGUCCAAGAGCAACGGCAACAGGCAGCAUGCACAUUGGCGCAUGCGCACUUUGUUGAAAGAUUCCGCCACAAUCAACUUGCCCUGCAUUAACUUAUACUGGACCCAGGCCAUCAGUUAUGUCGGACCCUGGCGCACUUCUAAAUCCCCUCUGAUACUCAUCUUUAUUAUAACGGUACAUUGUUUGAGGGAACUAGUUAGGUAACUGGAUGCAACAGUCCAUAUUGCUAACGUAGCUCCUAACUAACAAAGCAGGAAUCAAACGUCAGGCAUCUCACACAGAGAUAAACAAAACAUUAAUUUUGGACCCGUCAAAUCUUUUUAAAUGAUUAAUUCCCAAUCAUAUUUUUUUUUAGGAAAAGUGAUUCCACACCUUUCUAAAAGCUCUGGGGAUGUAUUCAUGUCUACACGAAAAUGUUAUCAAUAAAAGCUUUAAUAUAGCCUACACUCAGUAGCCUAGCUGCGCCCUACUUAACUUCAAGUCUCCAACAAGCAUGGCUAUGCGAUUCAGGCAUAGGCUAAUUGGUUUAUGACUGACAUUUAGAUAUCUGAUACUGUAUCAGGCUAUAAUAUCAUCUGAUCUAAUUCAUAUUUAUUUUUGUUAUUUUGAAUCCAGAGUGAGGCAGCAAAACUUGCAGUGUGUGCCUAGCUAUUUCACUUAUGCAGUUACAGUGGUACUGUUCAUGAGCUGGUCAGCUGGUUACUGGUCAAUAGAGUAAGAACACAUCAUGCACACAACCUUCUGAACUUCAAUUUACCAAUUUGUUUUCUUUUGGAACAAUUGUCUUCAACAGGACUGGACAUUUAACUCUGCAUGAUGUAAUUGGUUAAUAUGACGGACAGUCAGAUCUGAUUUCAUAUCAGGUUACAACAUCAUCUGAUCUAAUAUAUUGUUAUUUUUAGGUUUUUACUUGUAAUUCGGGGUUCAGUGAAAAAUAUUGCAGAGCCCUUCAGCAGCCACAGAGCCUGUGCCCGGUUCAGUCAUUUAGUGGCUGUCAUGACUGUUUAUUUAGAAGCUACCUGAAGGUUUUUUUGUAAUUUUGGAGAGUUUCUGCCUCUGCCAACUUUGUCUUGAAGCUGGAAUGUGGGGGGAAAAAAAGCCUGACGUUCAGAUGUUGUCGGCCUAGUUAACGAUACUGUAUGUUUUUCAUUAAAGAGUGGCUUUGUGGCUUUGUUUGGGUAGCGAGAGAACGAGAGGCAGAGCUUGAAAGUGGGUGUCUCAUGCCAAAAAUAAUAGGUUAUUAACUGGAGAACACAAUUUUUUUGUUCUCCAUGAUACCUCCCAGGCUCCAUAAGUUACAGUAGUAUUUUUAAAGAAUAAUCUUUACUCAAGGACAACUUACUAGUUUUCUGCAGAGCUAGAACGAUCCUUCACACUCAACAAAGUUUUGGGAGGCAAGUUGGGGAUUUGGGGUCACUACUGGGCACCACAACAAAACCAGGGAGUGUGUACUUGAGGAUAACUUAGUGUAGAUGGACUGAAUAUCAUCAGUGAACUGCCUCAGAAGUACAUAAAUGUACAUGUAUUGGUGGUAUCCAUUCAUCUGUGUUCUCAGACUCAGCUCAACAGGUGAGAAGUGAGUCACACGCACAAAGGUGAAGCAGAGAAGAAGAAUUGGAUGACACACAGUGAGGAACAGAGGGAGGGACUGAAUUACCAUAGAAACUGGUCAGACUGUUCAGAGAAGAAGCAGAAAAAGGUGAAAGCUGAAGUGGUCCAACUGUCAAGGUCACCGAUCACCCAAACUGCUAUCACACUGAUCUCUGAUUAUAGCUGAUGUUUGCUGAGCUUUUUAAAUAACCAGGAAAAGGUGUAUUUUGAAGCUGCUGACAUAGCUGCUCUGCAGUCAAAGCCUUUUGGAUGUUUUCGUAUUUCCUUGUGAUUAUUCUGAUGGGCUACAGAUAGAACAGGAGCCAUAUGGAGUAAAAGUCAUCGCUGGCACAGGUGAACACCCACUCAUGGAUCUGACCAUCUGAUAUCAUCUGAAAAUCUACUGUACAGGAUCAUACAAAAUACCAAUACCAUAAAAUGGUACAGAGUACAAGGAUGACAGAGAAGAAGCUUGACAGAAUCCCAAACGUACAAGCCACAGCCUUGUUCAACUUCUCCCUCACAUGAAAAUCAAUUAAUCACUCACAAUGUCAUCCAGAGAUGGAGUUCCUCCUAGCUCCUUCUCGCCUUCUCCCUCCACCACACCUCUAUCUCCAUCUUGCAGCAUUGACGAGUCCUACAAGUAUAUCUUCCUCCCCAUCUGUUACUCUUUCACGUUCAUCUUCAGCAUUUCCCUUAACUCUGUCAUCCUCUACCGUUCCUUCCACCGGACCAAGCGCUGGAAUGCUUCACUGAUCUACAUGGUCAACCUGGCCUCUACAGACUUUAUGUACGGCCUGUCACUGCCAUUCCUUGUGGCUAGUUACAUCAUGCGUGACCGCUGGGUCUUCGGGGACUUCAUGUGCCGCCUGGUCCGUUUUCUCUUCUACUUUAACCUCUACUGUUCCAUCUUCUUCCUCACUUGCAUCUCUGUCCACAGGUACCUCGGUAUCUGCCACCCAAUGAAAGUCAUCACACUGGAGACCAAGAAGGCUGUCAAGUGCACUUGUGUGCUGGUUUGGAUUGUAGUCUUUGCUUUGACCUGCCCUAUCUUCCGGUUUGCUCAGACUGGUCAUGUGACAAGAUUUGCAGGGCUUGGGGGCAAUGUAAGCAGUAUUGACAACCCAAGCCAUGAGUUUUCACUGAUAAAGGGUAAUGCCAUCUAUGGUAACUUGGGAGGGGUCAUUGAGGAGUACCAGAACUGUUGGGAUGAUGCAAUAGAUAAGGAGUUUCCUGAUUACAUACCCUAUGGCAUCAUACUCCAUUUGCUGGGCUUUUUUGUGCCUUUUUCCAUAAUUGCUUGGUGUUACUCUCACGUUGUUCUGACCAUAUUUAAGACUCUGCAUUCUCAGCCCUCGUCCCGCAGAGGUCAAAAAGAGGGAGGACAUGAAGGAAUGGAUCGAAGAGAGAGAAGUAGCCCUGCAAUAGUUGGAAGAGGAAGAAGAGGAAGCAAUGGACUGUCAAGGGCACUGGGAAGAGAUGAAGGAAUUUCCAUUUCUCUUGGUGCACACUCCCCUUAUGCCAAUCGCAGACGUAAAUCUAUCAAGACCAUCAUUACCAUCACCCUUCUCUUUGCUCUGUGUUUCUUCCCCUUUCAUGUUACUAGAACCAUCUUCCUCCUGCUGAAAGUGGCCAAGGGAGUCCCCUGUCACACCAUGACCAUGGUCUCCAUGUGCUAUAAGAUCACGAGGCCUCUGGCGUCAUUCAACGCAUGGCUCAACGCCCUCCUUUACUUCCUGACUAAAGACAAGGGGGGAGCUAACUGCUGCCAGGUGGUGAACACCACCACCCAACAACAUGGUGGGCUUCUAUUACCACUGAGGAUGAAGGGAAAAGGAGACGCAGAGGAUGGAGGGAUGGAAAAUGGGAUUGACAAUGAGGAGAAUAUAGCAUUUCACAACAGUCCGUCAUACAUGAAUAGAGCAAAUGUCAGAUAUAUAGUUGAAUGAAUAAUUUCAUGAGGAAUGAAAGAAUGAAUUUUAGAUGCACUGUAGGUUGUCUUUUUCUGGAAAACAAAAUAUUAUAUAUUAUAUAAUAUAAGCACUGUAGCAAAAGCAACUAAAGUCAUACUUUGAAAGUUGCACUAGUGGGUAGAUGCAACAUGAAUGCAAAUGUGAUAAAUGUGUGAUAAUCUGUUUUGUUUCACAGGGUGUAUAAAAGUGCUACACUGGUAUCACUGAUUUUCUUUUAAGUCCAGAUUAUGCUUGAAACGAAGUUGUUCAUACGACGCGUCAUCCAACCAUAUCUAAAGGCAAAAAAUGGUUCUACCUGUUCCAAACAGUUGCACUUGAAAAGCCUGUUGUCAUAGAGAGGGGCGAGACACAAUGGUCAUUCAAAUGGGAAUACUUUUUUCAGGCAGUCUCUCCAUGGGGGCAUUAAUGGGGUUGCACUCCACUGUAUACACAACAAGUGACAAAAGAAGUUGAGAGAGAUGUUCAAACCCUGCAUACUUUCACACCUUUGCGCACCUUUCCAAUUGCUGUUGUAAAGUGGGUGUGUAUGUCAGCUUGCCGGUUUCAGAAAAUUGCAAAUAUUGUUGCAUUUGGAAAGGCUUCAGACACUGUUAAACAAUCAGACAAGCAGUAUUGGGCAAAUGACUUGGAAACUGUCAUCAAUUACUCAUUCCACAUUAUCAUUCAAAAAGUAAUGUCAUUACUUUACAGAUUACUCAGCAGCAAAAGUAAUGCGUUACAUUACUCAUUAAUUUUGUUACUCGGCCCAGCUCCAGACUCAAAGGUGCCUUUGAACAACUCCAAAGUAGUAAGUAGUAAGUAAGAAUUGUAGGUUACAGCUUAACAGUGUGUUGCUGAAGUGGAUAAUAGAGCAUCAAUCCCCUUUUCAAACAUGUGAAAAAGAAAUGCAAUUAGGAAGUGAACUUGGAAAGAGUUAGGGAUUCCUUUUGGAGUCUUGCAGACAGACGGCAUGAAAAUCCUACACUGGGCUGUUAUUGGGUAAAGCAGACAAGAUUUUUUUUCAAGAAAAGUGGUCUAAAUAAAUAUACAGUAUUUACCCUAAUAUAAAGUGGGAGAUUACUGAACUACAAAAACCAGUGAUGUUGAUAGGUUUUCAAUGUAGUGAGUCCCCAGGACCCACAGGUGGUCAUUUGAGUGGGUCCCCAAUAAAAUUAGUGUUUUUUGACUAAUUGUAGUGUUGUGUAGGGAUGGGUAUCAUUAAGAUUAUAUAUCGAUAUUACUACUCUUACUAAUCUAUACUUAUUGGUUCUUUUUCAUUACUAAAUAAUUGUUUUUAAAAAAAUAUAUUCCUUUAAAAGAGAAAGAGAGAAUAAAUUCAGAAAAGUAUUAGAAUAU